AGUCUCACCUCCUCAACAAGUAGUGAGAUUAUUGUAUGGGAUUAGGAUAUUAUCAAUUAGGAAGUUUUUUCCAUGUGCAAUUGAAAUGAAUCAAAUUGAAAAACUUUCUAAAAGAUUGCAAACUGCUCUGAAAUUGAGCGGCUUCAGCAUUAGACGCGAAUUUUGUUCUCUCCUGGUAGAAAAAUUUUCAGAACAAAACAUCGACUUGUGGGACAAUACAGCUUUUGACACAGUUGUAAAGAAUUUAUGCAAUAGUUUGGAAAAACAAUGCCUAUCAGAGAAGAGCAUAGAAAGGGAACAUAUUGAUAGGGCUAUAGAAGUUUGCUUGCACUCUGGCUAUGACAGACAUGAAUCUAUUUUUUCAGUCAUCAAUGCCUUCGACUUUCCAAAACUUUCAUUCAAUCCGGAUCGGAAAUUAUAUUAUGUGGAUAAGAGUGGAUCAAUAUUUUUAUCAGAUGCAGAUUCAAAGGCCAAAGUAUUCAGAGAUCGUUACUUCACCAUUCUUCAAAGAACAAAACGUAAUUUUGAGCAAGCAGCCAUGAUCAGAGAGAAAGAUCGACUCCAAUUGCAAACCAUAGAUUAUCUAUUGACUCUUUCUUAUGUCACAUUGGAACACACUCUUAUUUUGGGCUGUCUAACUCAGGUUUCUGAAGGAAAAUGGCAUCUGGAAGAUCCUACUGGAAUGGUUGAACUCGAUUUAGUACAUGCUAAGUAUCACAGUGGAUUUUUUGUUGAGAAUAGUUUCAUUUUAGUUAAUGGUUAUUAUGAAGAUCGUAUUUUACAUGUUUCUACAGUAGUUUUACCUCCAGGUGAAGAAUACAAGAAUUCAAGGUUUUCAUUUGGAAGUUUGAAUUACUUUGGUGGACCAUCAAGUGCACCUUUAAGAGAUUCAGAAAAAUUGAGAAAUCAUUUGAUACAAAAUAAAGAUAACCCAAUUUUAUUCUUUUCUGAUGUAUGGUUAGAUCAUCCAUUGGUGUUUGAAAAACUAGAAAUUCUUUUUGAUGGAUUUCAAGAUUUACCACCUGUGGCCUUUGUAUUCAUGGGUAAUUUUAUGUCGAAUUCCCAUGGUAGUGAGAUGAUGGAUGAUCUGAAGAGCCUUUUCAAACGAUUGGGAGAGUUGAUAAUGAAGUUUCCAAAUCUAUCUAAUAAUAGUCAGUUUGUAUUUGUUCCUGGACUGUCUGAUCCCUGCACCCCCCAUAUGGUACCAAGGUUCGGGUUACCAGACUAUGUGACUAGUGAUAUGAAAAAGGUGUUUCCAAAAGCUAUAUUCCCAACUAACCCUUGCAAAAUACAGUAUUGUACCAGAGAAAUAGUUUUAUUCAGAGCAGAUCUUACUCCAAAAUUUUUGCAGGGGACAUUGUUCAAACCUUCCAAGGAAGAUAUCGGAGAUUGUCUUAAAAAGACCAUCAUCAGUCAAGGACAUUUGAGUCCAUUAUCAUUGAAUUCUCUGACUGUUCAUUGGAAUUUUGAUCAUUGUUUGAGGUUGUAUCCUCUUCCCGAUUUGGUAGUUAUCGGAGAUAAAUUUGAGGCAUAUGGAGGAGAGUAUAAAGACUGCCAUGUUAUUAACCCAGGAUCAUUCUGUGAAAAUGGUUUUGAGUUUAAAGCAUACAUACCUUCUGCCAAUGCUAUAGGUGACUGCGAUCUAGAUAUCAACUCAUAGUGAACUUGUUUUAUAUGCCGCAAAGUAUUGUGAUAUGUAUUUUCAUAUAAAAGUAAGUAAUCGAU